AUGCCAGUUGAUCCCAUUGUUUACACAAGUAAAUCCGGCAGUCUGUACCAGCGACUCCCAGUACCAUAUACAAAAUCAGUGGUAGCUAGUACUGUGGAGGAUGUGGAACCCGACUCUGACAAACCUCCCAGCAGCUCGUUCAAUGGCACUGUUAAAGACGACAUGAAACCAUAUGGCGGACCAGGGGGAAGGCGCUUUAAACAACAAAGUACUUCUGGCUCUUCAAAAGCUUCCGUACACAAAGCGAUAUCCGUCAGGGGUGUCCAAUAUCUGCGUCCCUAUUUGAUUUCGUGGUCGAUGAGACAAUCAGACGAACACUGGAAGGACUUCGAAACCCCUGACGACGACCUUGUCAAUGUGAAAUAUGCAGACGAUAUCGUUUUCGUAAAGCUUCCGACACAAAGCGAUAUCCGUCAGGGACAAUCAGACGAACACUGGAAGGACUUCGAAACCCCUGACGACGACCUUGUCAAUGUGAAAUAUGCAGACGAUAUCGUUUUCGUCUUCGAAGCGGAGAGGGCGCAAGUGUUUUUGGAUGAACUGACCAGAGUCAUCCAUCCCUUUAGUAUGCACUUUCCACCCACAAAGUGUAAGGUCAUGCUCGUGGACAUGUAG